AUAUAGAAUUUUGUUAUACUUUCAGAUCUAUUGCUAAACAAAAUAAACACAUAAGUUGACAGGUUUCACUUUAUAUUUUCACACACGCAUUGAGUUCGGUGGCUACUAAGAGCAAACACGCUGGGAGAAGUGAUUGGAGUGGACAGUUGUCGUUCCUUGUAACAGCAGCUUUCAUUAUCACAUCAGCUUUCUUAAAGAAGAGCUUAAACCUAUCAGUUAUUUAUAACGCUGUAGAGGAAACACACAGAGAUACUCUGUUACACGUACAAGAUGAGUGUCUUGAAAAUUAUCGCAUUGCUUUGCGUGGUUACUACGACAACAAUAAACUCUGUAAAUGGCACGAAGAAACAAGAAAGUCAGCAUAUACUUCGCUCUGAAGAUAACAUGAACACAAACAAUUAUCUUCGUAUAUGGAAUAAAGAAAAAAAAAAUCUUGAAAAGAUUUACGACGGAGGUGACGAACACGAAUUAGACGAAAUAGCUUCAGUAAGUCAGCAAGAUCCCAAGCCCAUAGUUGGAGCACUAGUGGCGGUUGCUGGACGUUAUUUGCUUAAACGUGUUAUCAAAUAUGCUGUGCGUCGAUUACGCAGAAGAAGAUAUUACUCCAGACGCAGGCGUGUAACACGUACUUAUCCAUAUUACUACCGCCGAAGAAGUAUUUAUUACCGACGACGAGGUAGCUACAACCGGCGACGAACCAGCUUUCAACGAAGAAGAAGAAGCUAUUACAGAAGACGAAUCAGCAAUUACCGACGUCGAAGUACUCGAAGACGAAGUAUCUCCUAUCGGCGACGAAGUCUCUAUUACCGACGAAGAAGUAGCUCUUAUCGACGACGAAGGAGCUCUUAUCGGCGACGAAGAAGCUCUUAUCGGCGACGAAGAAGCUCCUAUCGGCGACGAAGCAGAUCCUAUCGGCGACGUAGUAGCUCCUAUCGGCGACGUAGUAACUCCUAUCGGCGACGAAGUAGCUCCUAUCGGCGACGAAGUAGCUUCUAUCGGCGAAGAAGUAUCUCCUAUAGGCGAUAAAGCGGCUAUUAUUGGCGACAAAGCAUUUACAGUAGACGAUGAAAUGAGAUCCAGCCGACGAUACACUUUUUCAUUUAUGAUUAAACACCUGAUUACACUGUUACAUUUCUAGCUUAGAUUUUCUAAUUUUUUUAAUUUCCUAAGACGUUUUUAUGCCUUUCAUUCUUCUCGAGUUAAUUUUGCCUGUCAUGCGUAUAAAUAAAUUUUGUUCAAAGUUGAUUAAAGUUUGAUACACAGAAGCAAUAACGUAACUAGUUUUUUUAAAACAAUGAUUUUUCUCGUUCUAUUUCCAACUUUAUUGUUGUUUUAAUUAUGUAAAAAUAUAGGUUCAUGGGAAUGUUUUUUAAAUUAAAAUUUUUAAAAUCGACAAAAAAUUCAUUAAGAACUAGUGAGUGACCCGUAGAUUAACCCGUAAUUUAAAUAUCAAAUUUCGUGUGUUGUGUGAAGAGACAGAGAGACGAUUUGUAUCGAGAUGGAUCUGAAAGACGAUUAUCAUGAGGAUGGAUGUGAAAAUUAAAGUGUUGAAAGACUGUUUUAGUUGUCACAGAUUACUUGAGUGGCGGUCUGUUUGUUCAUUACCGCUUAAUUAGAGAUGGCAUAGUUAAAGCGUGAGAAGUUAUGUCUUGGAGUGUAAGAACAGUAGUUUGAGCUUAUUACCACGUUAUUUAAAACAUAAAACUAGCGAAACAUUACAGCAUUAAUGAUAGAAAGAAUUUUCGCAUUGAUGUAUCCCGAACUAACAGUGUAUAAGAUAGCUGUUUGCUAGGAAAGUUUUUUCUUUGUGAUACGCCUUGCAGAAAUAUUUUUUUUCUAUCUUUAAAAUUACGGUUUUCCUGCAUCAUUAGGGUCGGCAAUAUAAUGUAAUAACACGAAGUUGGAAUAACCAUAUCUUAUUCUGAUAUAGUGUUUUCAUUCUGCUAGCCAGGGUUGGUAGCAAGACGAAAUGUUCUGUUGAUGGCACUAGGCAUGGUUUAAGCAAGUCAAAGAGAAUAGAAAGUUGUCAAAGGUUCUCACACGUCCCCACAGUACAAACUUUCUAUUGCGGUUAGGAACGCUUUUCUUUAAGCAUGUCUGUAUUUUUUUACGUAAGCAUAUGUAAAGUAAAAUGUGCAUUCACAAAAUAGCGAUUAAGGACUAGGGCUUGUCUAUCUCAGUACAAAAUCACACUACUUUUUUAAUGAAGAGCAUAAAAAAAUAAAUGCACUAGAGAUCUGGUUUUUCAAGUUCGCAAUUUUGAUCCAAGCUUUUUUGUUCUUACUCAACAAUCUCGCUGUUGGGUUUUACGACGACGAAGGGAGGGGAGAGAGAGGGGGAGAGGGGAGAGGUAACCUUGCUAUCCUGCAUGGUUAUGAUACUUACUGAGUUUUUAUAUUUACCUAUUAGGCACUUGUAUGCCAAAUAAUCAGGUCUCAUACUUCUCCGAACUUUAGAUAUCGACUUGUUUCCGUAGUGUUAUUAUUGCUUACAGUGCUCCUUUGAUAUGGGAUAUUAUACAGCUCGCUCAUAUAUGGACCAAACCUCUAAAAAUCU